AUGCACGAUGCGCAGGAUCAAGAGAACUUUAAUCGAGAAUACGAUCGAAACAAACGAACAGCUCGCCAUCAAGCUCGACGAGCCUUGAUGGCAGUUGCGGGCCCAUCACAUUCAAUCGAGGUUGACCCUGGACCACCAGCCUCAGGACAAGCUGCACCUAUAGGUAGUCCUUCAUCGGAUGGUCACAAUGUUAUGGAGUUCGAUCCUGGAAAUGAGGGUGUUCCCAGCCCAGUCUUAUCCGAUGCCAGUAUGGCCAUCACUCCUGAGAUGCAAGCGCUUCCUGCAGAGCAAGAACCAUGGCGUUGUAGAAACAACAAUACUGAGAGGAACAAAGAAAUGCUCCUGACUGUAUCUAAAAAGUUGUAG